UUCCACUUGCUUCCCACAGCUCUUGUGAGUAAGUAAGGGUGCAGUAGCUGUGCCUAAUGGAGAGAAGUCAGUGUAAAAUUGGAGUCUUGGCAGUGACACACUGAGGAUGGGACCUGCACUGUUUAACCUGACCUGAAGGAGAGCAGUGGUUUUCAAUGAGAAGAUCUGGCCAGUGAUUGUGUGUUAGGGCCUCUAGCAGAGCAUGUGAUGUCACAGGUGCAGGAGGGUUACUUGAAGAUGCCUGUUGGCCUAUUGAAUAUCCACUUAUGUGAGACAAAGAACAUGAAACGCAGCAGGUUGCCAUGGGAACAUUCCUCAUUUCUGCACAGCACAUGCGUGGUGAUGUACAGCAAUACAGGAAGCAGGAAUUAUGAGAACAUCUGCAUUUGACUGGAGACAUUGGACAAGGCUGAAUUUGGACACCAGUUUGAGACGACCUUCACAUCAAUCACAAACCUCAGAAAGAGAGAGAUGGUGCUGGCAGACUGCCUUCAGAAACACUCUACUCAGGGCAUGACAAAUUGGAUGUGGUGCCCAGGCUUAAACGCAUAUAGAGAUGGAGACCAUUUUUAAACAACUUGACUGAACAUGCUCUUGAACAUAUGGAAAUGAUUAUUUAAUCAUUUUGAAAAUGAUGCUGUUGGACUGACUGCGGUACAAUCACAGGGAACUGUUUAAAGCACUGAAGGAUUAUUUAUCCACGUUAAAAAAGGAACUUUCAUCGAAGCAAGACAAUGUUCAUUGUGACAAAACUAAGGGCAAUGUAGCAACUGUAGAUAGCAAAUCCUUGUCAUGGAGGCUGCUAAAACCUCAGAUGAAGCGCAACGUCCCAAACAGAUUAUCAGUUUCAAAGAUGAUGAAAAACAUUUGCCGUCUGAGAUGACCCAAAGAGGCCAAUCCUCUGGCUCAGAGGACAAAAUAACACUUGUGGAGCAACCCCAGACCCCAGCUGUAAGUCCAUGUCCUGGUGUGCAGUCACAGGUCCUUGCUUCAGGAAAUAUUCUUACCUCAAAAUCUAGAGAACAGUGUCACAUCCAGCUCAGAAGGAAGAACAUUCAUCUCCCAAACAAACGAUAUCUUCAAUCGGAAUAUGAGCUGCUGUCAGAGGGCCUUCUCAAAAAGGAGCAGAAGUUGGUUAAGACUGGGAAGUAUAUAUGCCAGUAUUGUGGGAGAGCUUGUGCCAAACCCAGUGUACUAAAGAAACACAUCCGUUCUCAUACUGGCGAACGACCAUAUCCGUGUAUUCCUUGUGGUUUCUCAUUUAAAACUAAGAGUAACCUAUACAAACACAGAAAAUCUCACACCCAUGCAGUAAAAGCAGGACUGGUUUCAUUUUCAGAACAGGACAGCAAGCAUAUUGAUGAAGAGUUGGUGGUAGCAGAAGGUGAAAUGCAUUCUGAUGCUGAGCAGAGCAGUGACACUGAUGAAGAGGACUUGCCCUUGGAUACAACAAGCCAUAUCAAUGAAAUAGAAGGUUUUGUGCAAGAAAAAGGGGGUAUAUUGGCAAAAAAGGAAGCCACUGUUUCUGCUCAAACUUCACUCAAAAAGGAAACAGGGUCAUCAGGAAAAGUAUCUUUAUGGCAGUUCCAGGAAAUGACGGCACCUGCUGCUAUUGCUCAGGUGGACCAGAUGGUUGAGUUCUCCACCAUCAAGCGAAGACUGGCACUUCGUCUUUCGGAGAAGAAAAAUCAAGACUCUGAUCAGUCUCUUUCUCUGCCCAGUUCAUACAGUAAAGGCAGCACUGAUUCAGGAUACUUCUCGCGUUCUGAGAGUGCCGAGCAACAGUUCAACCAGUCGAGCACAAGUGCCAAAUCAUAUCAAGAAAUUAUGUUUGGGAAAUGUUAUAGGCCAACAACCGGGCCAAAGCAAUCAAUCACUGUACAAACCUGCAUGACAGACAUAAAUGAAGCCACAUCUAGCUUCAUGAUUACACUGAACAAAGGCAUAAUGCCUGUUGAGGCAGGCUCUUCCAUUCACAGAAGCAAGAAAGACCUAGUCCGAUCAAUAAAAAUUCAUUCGGAGUCCUUCCAAGAGGAAGAUUACCAAGAAUGUCACAUCCAUAGCUCUGACCUUCUGGAAACCACUUCAGAGAGUAGUGUAUUCUUGCGCAGUAAUUCUCUUCCAACCUCAUCUAAUUCGAAUCUGAAUACACCACAAGGGCUAAGAAGCAGUAACUCAUUUGAUGAGAGAAUGACAGGUGCUGAUGUCACCUACCGGGGCACAAUGGGUAUGAGAAGACUCACGCGGCAAGCUGCGUUUGAGCACUCAGCUAACGAAGGACACACAGAAUCAGACUGCUACACUCAUCUGGCCUGUAGCUUAAAAUCAGACUUGAAAAUUCACGGUGUAGAUGAUUCCAAAUUGGGUGCUGAAAAUUAUCAAGAAACUGAGUCGUGUUCCAUUUUUCCAAGCCAUUUAUCAGAAACUUCCACAAGGAAACGAAGAAAAGACAAAAAUGUCUUGGAGGAAGAUGACUUUCAUGUGCAAGACAAGCCUUCUGGACACUCAGAGGACACUGAGACAAAGCCAACUACUUUAGAUACUGCCAUUUCUGACACUGAGAAAAGGGCUGGCAGCAAUGUUAUCUCUGUCAUACAGCACACAAAUUCACUAAACCGGCUAAACUCUUCAGAAAAGUCAAUUGAUGUUAGAUCACAUCCCUUAGACAAAAUUGCCAUUUACAGAUUCAUGGAAAAGGAGCACAGCAUGGAGGGUCACAGAACAGAAGGAGCAGACUGGCAAUGGGGAUGCAGUGGUUUUCGUCACCAAAAUCUUCACAUGAGUAAGCAGCCAACAUCUCACUCUACUAUCCAAGUUCCAGAGAUCAGAGUAACCGUGGAGCCUGACAGACCAGAAAAACUUCCGGAAGUAGGGGUCAAGCAAAGGGAAAAGCAUACUGAAGAGUUCCAGUGGCCACAGAGGAGUGAGACCCUAUCACAGUUUCCAAUGGAAAAACUACCACCCAAAAAGAAACGUUUGAGAUUAGCAGAGAUGGAAUGUUCUUCUGGGGAAUCUAGUUUUGAAUCCGCUUGCACAAGUCUUUCCAGAAGCCCAAGUCAAGAUAGCAAUUUGUCUCACAGCUCAAGUUUUUCCCAGUCCCUUGACAGAGAAGAAAACAUUAACCUUGUGUCUCAAUCCAACCCAGAUGAGUUUAAUAAGCCUUUGGAGUUCUUAUCUGUACCAGGAAGUUCACAGAGUCUUCACCGAGAGAUGAGACGUUCUGCUUCAGAGCAGGCACCUUAUAAUUUACCCUCAGAGAUACCAGAAUUUCGAAGCAAGUCUUUCGAUUAUGCUAGUCUUUCUCCUUCAUCUACAUCUAGGCAAGAGGAGGUUAAAGAGCGUAGAAGGGCCUUCUUGGUUAGACAGGCAUCAUUAAGUGGUGAACCUGAGAUGCAAGGUGGCACAGUCUCAGAUGAAAUGAGCAAGAGAACAACCUCUCCAAGCAAACCGUUUACACCUGUGGGAUCCAUUGAGAAAAUGAGGUACACUUUGAUUUCUGGUGGUCCUUCUCCCCAACACAAACAAUAUAGCCCAGUGCAAGCCUCAUCUCAGUAUGCUAAACCCAAUGUUUGCAAUAUUUCUGAUAUGGAUAGCAUAAUGCUUUUUAUAAAGAAAGAACAUGAAGAAUCCAAGGUAGCUGAAUCUUAUAUUAGCUUAAGAAAACCCCAGGAAGAUUGCUCCCAGAGUUUAGGCAAUGUUUUGUCAACGAUAGCAGUGCUUUCACAAGCUCAGCAAGCAUUAGCCAGUCAAAGUAUGUCCGGUUUGCUAGUUCCUGUUAGAAUUCAGAUGCAAGUACCAUCUUACGGGAACAUAACGUACACUAGUAUAUCUCAUAUUCUGGAUUCUCAAACACAGAAUCCUAUGUCUUACAUAGAUGACAAAACAUCCUCCUGUCAAAGUCUUGCCAUUGUCAUGCCACAAAAUAAAGUAGGUUGUGAACUAUCUCCAAUAUCAGGGCACCCUAGGCGACUACUGCGCAGCCCUCAGGUAUCACCAGCAAAGCUAAAAACAGGCAUACCUCUAUCAUUAACUUCCAAAACCAUCUCAACUACAGAGGCCCCCAGUGGUGGAGCAAACAAACGCAUGCUCUCACCUGCAAGUAGCAUUGAACUUUUCAUCGAAGCGAAGCAGCAGAAACGAGUCAAAGAUGAGAACAUUUAUGGCCAGAUUGUUGAAGAGCUAAGUGCUGUGGAGUUAGGAAAUCUUGAAGGGGAAAGAGAAAGUCCCAAUAAAGGUUUCAAAUCAGGAAGCACCCCAGAGCCAUGUGAGCCCACUGAGGAGGUAGAUAUGGAUGAGCCCAGCCGAGAUUUUUACAGCAAUCCAAAGUUAUCUUGUGCCAGAAUUACUCAAGAUGCUACUAUAAUGGAGCAAAAACCAACACCUGAACACAUAAUGGCUAGUAAUCAUCCUGGUACUGGUAUAGGUGCAGUGCCCUCGGCAAUCACUGGUGCUUUACUGUUCUCCAAGUUUCCAGGUCUUCACACUACUACUUGUGUGAGCUGGUGCUAUCUCAACUCCACUAAGCCAAAUAGCACCCAAACAGCUGCUAAUAUCUCAGAGUAUUCCUCGUGGUUUGUGAGAUGCCAUAACCCUAACCCACUCGAUCUUAGCACUGGGAUGGUUCUUGCUCUUCUCCGAUCCAAACAGAGGAGGCAGAAUGCUAUUUAUUCAAUCGCUAGCAUGUAUCAACCUGGACUACUUGUGACCUCCACCCCCUGGAGACCGAAGCAAGAACAAGUAACACUGGACUACAUAGAGGAAGAUACAAAACAGGAUGUGAGGCUAAGAGACAUUAGCCAGAGGUGCAAAUCUUUACGAGAGGAUGCUGCAUCCACUAUACGGCAAGUAGAACCAGUCCGUGUGAAGAUUUUUGAAGGAGGUUAUAAGUCCAAUGAGGAAUAUGUGUAUGUGAGAGGGCGUGGUCGGGGAAAGUAUAUAUGUGAAGAGUGUGGCAUUCGUUGUAAGAAGCCAAGCAUGCUCAAGAAACACAUACGAACACACACGGAUGUGAGACCCUACAUCUGCAAGUGCUGCAACUUUGCUUUCAAAACUAAAGGGAAUCUCACCAAGCAUAUGAAGUCAAAAGCUCAUAUGAAAAAAUGCCUUGAACUUGGAGUUUCACCCACAGCCAUGGACAGUACAGAGGAUACUGAUGACACGCAGAAGUCCUUAGGCAUCAUGCCGGGAGAAAAAACUGUUAAACAUCAGUUCUCAGAUGCGGAAGAUUCUGAUGCCGUUGAUGAGGAUGAACAAGAUGAUGAUGAAGAUGAUGAAUGUGAUGGUGAUUCUACACCAAAAACAUUGUCCAGAAGCACAAGUCCUCAGUCCUAUGCAGUCAACAAGCUAUGUCUGUCUGGCUGUCUCCCUAAACACUUUGACCCAAGCCGCAAUCCACUCAAGGAACAGCUUGGAGUUUCUUCUCCGAGUACUGAUGAUGAUCUGACCUUUGAGCAGUCAAGUAGUUCCUCUGAGCCUUGCCCACCUCAGCUGCUGACGCCUUGUUGGGAUUCACCUCGCCAGAGGUACAUGUCCCCGAAAGGAGAUCUCUCACCACAACGUCACCAUUUGUCAAGCCAUGAUUCAUCUCCUUUAUGGGCCAUUUCUCCAAGGAGAGAUCUGAGCAUCAGAGGGGAUUUUUCACCUAUCCGGCAGCUGUCACCUGUAAGACCUACAGGUUUGGACCCAUUGGGGCAACGAGCGCAGUCUCCACUGGGUCGACAAAAAGGGGUGCUCAGGGCCAUGUCCCCACGGAGGGGGUCUUAUCAGCACAGGACCCUCAUGGAUCCAGGAAGGAGUAUGAGAUUUCAAGCUUCUCCCUUUCAACCAGUCAUUGGAGUGCGAACAGACACCGGAAUGGAUCAAGGGGAUACUCCUCAGAAUCUGUAUGUUCCUGGCGGCCUAUGCAGCAGUCAAGAUCUGUCCACAACCCUGCAGCAAGACAUCUUCAGCCAUUUGCCUUUGCACUCUCAAGGAAAGGUGCCAACACCUGUUCCGAUGAUCCCUAUUGGGGGGAUAAGAAUGCCCACCAUGUCAACAUCUGGUGCUGCUGGGGAGAGAAAUUCACUCCCAUCAUUUCCACAGGGGAACAAAUUAGAAACAGCAAGUUCCGGCCGGACCUCAGCCUCUGUUCCAGAUCCUGGAGUGGCCUACAAUGGAGAAAUAGAAACCUCUUCCACUGGCCUUCCUAGCAAAGACGAUAAGAAGGAGGAGAGUGUCUACAUCUGUGCAAAAGCUAUUGCAUCCCUCAGUAUCACAUCUGAAGAUGCAGCUGAGAAACCGCCUAAAAGCUGACUUUGUAAGCACUAUAUAAUCGCAUUCAGAGGUAAAACUAAAUUUAAAGGUCAGACCAGAAUCGUCUCAGUUACGUAUGGUAACCCUCGUUCCCUGAAGGAGGGAAUGGAGAUGUCACAUCGGAUGACCGACGAAUUGGAAUCUCACCUAGAGAGACCA